CCCGGCGUCCUCGAGGACGCCGGGCAUCCUCCCUCCGAACCCUCUCUUUUCGCGGUCGGCCGCGGGGGAUUCCAUUGCUCGUCGUCGGGGCUGGCUCGGACACGCCAGGCACAGCCCUCCUCGGGACAAACGGCGGUUGCCCCGUCUUUGUCCCUCCUCUGGAGCCGCCAAGAGAACUUCUCCUUGACGGCCCAGCCGUCCAGGGGGCGGGACCAAGCGUCCAAGUCGAGGAACUCGCUACCGUCGACAGGGGCAGCGAGUUCGGCUAGCGAGGCCAUCGUAGGAGGCAGGGGCGGGGGAGGCGGGGGAGUUUGUGCCUCGCGCGAGGGCUUCCGAGGGGUGUUUCGAGGGGGUCGGAGGAGGGAGGGAGCCUGGGAGGUGUCAGCGGGGUUCUGUGGUGGAGGGGAGGAAGGGAAGGGGGAGGAGGUUUGGGGGUCUCAAUUGACCCCCGACUUACCGUGCAAUUGAGCUGGUAUAUUGCCAGCUCAAUUGCUUCAAAAAGGCCAUAUGAGAGCACCUACUCUCAAAUGAGAGUACGCCUCUCAUUGGCUCGUUAACCUUUCCAAAGGAGGGUUAGCGGCCGACUGGGUAGAUGGAGUUUUCUUACCAGUUUACUGGGUAUAUCGAGUUUUUGCCCUUUAUUUAUUGUUUUACUAUAUCCCAUGAGCCACCGGCCAGCCACAGAAACCUAACUUCCAUCACACGUCCUAAGACAUUCGGAUUCAGGCAUUUUCAUGCUUGUCUGAUAUGUAAGUAAAGACCUGCAGUAUCAGCUACUGGCUUGAUACAGGUAUCAUGACGGAUUUAGGUAGUUUCUUGCAGGAUGCGCCAACUGCCGGUCGAUGACUUCAUCGAUAACCACCAAGGUGGGGUGGCACUUGCCAAAACACUUACGAUUCUUCAAUUCUUCUUUCCACACAUAAUCUGGAUUCAUAGUUGAAAUAAUAUCUCUUUGUCUCCAGUGAAAACCCAAGACAAAGCCAAACUAUUCUCAAGCAAAUUCUCGUAACAGUCAACCAUGUCUUCAAAACCCGAGGAUAUCCGGACGGCGGACCUGCACAAACCCGUCGAUAUUGCCGAGUAUCUAUUUACUCGCCUUAAGCAGAUCGGCUGUGAUUCAAUUCAUGGAGUUCCAGGAGAUUUCAAUUUGGUCGCAUUGGACUAUAUCCCCAAGGCUGGUCUCAAAUGGGCUGGGAACUGCAACGAACUUAAUGCCGCAUAUGCAGCUGACGGGUAUGCGCGUGUCAAGGGAAUCGCUGCCAUCGUCACAACAUUCGGAGUCGGAGAGCUCUCGGCGAUAAACGGAAUAGCUGGAUCGUACUCUGAGCAAGUCCCAGUUGUGCACAUCGUCGGCACCCCUUCGACAACGUCUCAGAAAAAUGGGAUUCUCUUGCAUCAUACCCUCGGCAAUGGAAACUUCAACGUCUUCUCCGAUAUGAGCAAGGAGAUCUCCUGUGCCAUGGCCAAAUUAACCCACGCAGAUGAUGCCGCGUCGCUCAUUGACAACGCUUUGAGGGAAUGCUGGGUGCAGAGUCGACCUGUCUACAUUGCACUCCCGACAGAUAUGGUGCAAAAGAAGGUCGAAGGCAAAAGGUUGCAGACGCCAAUUGAUCUAUCAUUCCCCGAGAAUGACCCUGAAAAGGAGAAAUACGUGCUUGAUGUAAUCUUCAAAUACCUCUAUGCCGCUAAGGAGCCAAUUAUAUUGGUGGACUCUUGCGCAAUCCGCCACAGAGUGUUGAAGGAAACGCAUGAUUUCAUCGAGAAGAGCGGUUUGCCCGUAUUCGUAGCACCCAUGGGAAAGAGUGCUAUCAAUGAAAGCCAUCCCAACUACGGUGGUGUGUAUGCAGGCGAAGGGAGCUUGCCCGAAGUCAGAAAGCGCGUAGACGCUUCUGACUUAGUCUUAAAUAUCGGUGCUAUCAAGAGCGAUUUCAACACAGGUGGCUUCUCGUACAAGACGUCACAGCUGAACACGAUUGACCUCCACAGCACAUUCACCAAAGUUCGCUACUCCGAGUACCCCGGAGUGAGCAUGAGAGGUCUCCUGCGCAAUCUCGCCAAAAGUAUCGACACAACGAAGCUUACCAGAAGCGCAAUCCCAGUCCCUGUGCCGAAGAACAGAGUCGCCGAGAAUAGUGGCAGAUCCGAGAUUAUCACACAGGCUAUGCUAUGGCCUACCGUCGGAGAAUUCUUCGAGGAAAACGACAUCGUCGUGACGGAGACUGGUACUUCCAAUUUUGGUAUUUGGGAGACGAGGUUCCCUCCAGGCGUCACGGCACUAAGCCAGGUGCUUUGGGGUAGCAUUGGGUGGUCCGUCGGCGCUUGCCAGGGAGCAGCUCUUGCUGCGGUAGACGCAGGUGGAAAGAGGAGAACGAUCCUCUUUGUCGGCGAUGGCAGUUUCCAGCUCACGGCACAGGAAGUGAGCACCAUGCUCCGGCUAGAUCUCAAGCCAAUCAUCUUCAUUCUUUGCAACGAUGGAUACACCAUCGAACGGUUCAUCCAUGGAAUGGAUGCUGAGUACAACGAUAUCGCGACCUGGAAGCACAAGUCCCUUAUUGAUGCCUUCGGCGGUGCUGCCAAGGGAGCGAGGACGUACCAGGUUAAGACUCAGAAGGAGGUUAGGGAUCUGUUUGAUACUAAGGAGUUCAAGUCUGCGAAUGUUUUGCAGCUGGUGGAACUCUUUAUCCCGAAGGAAGAUGCUCCAGGGGCUCUGAAGAUGAUAGCGGAGGCCAGUGCGAAAACGAAUGCGAGCUAAGUUUGAAGUAUGGGAAACAGUGGGGUAUUAAAGGUCCAAAGUAACCUGUAACGUAAAAUAUAAGUGAUCUUAAGUAGUAUAGCUAAUUGAUACUUGAGUUAUGAAAUGUUCGGAAUAUGGGAUAAAUUGUUAGGAAAUAAUUGAG